GGGUCAAUGACAUUCCCCGUCAGAUCCAUUCUGGCUGUGGCAGCGUGGAAAGUGCAAUAUUCAACUGCAAGCCACCAUGUUCUGUUUUAUCCAGGCUGGUCUUCUCCUCUUGUCACUGCUGCCCGAGGCUGAUACGGGAGUUUUCCUUCAGAACCAGGAUGCCAACCAAGUGCUGAACCGGAGGAGGCGGGCAAACAGCAUGUUUGAGGAGUUUAAAAAAGGGGACAUGGAGCGGGAGUGCAUUGAGGAGCGGUGUAGCCACGAGGAGGCCAGAGAGAUAUUCGAGAAUGACGAGCGUACGAAUGAGUUCUGGAACGUCUACUUUGAUGGGGAUUCCUGCAGGUCUGUUCCCUGUAUAAACAAUGGCACCUGCAAGGAUGGGAUCGGGAGUUACACGUGUUACUGUGUCGCCGGCUUCCAGGGCACCAACUGUGAAAUCGCGAUACCAAAGCUAUGCGACUUAAGCAACGGAGACUGCGAGCAUUUCUGUAACGUGGUUCAUAACCACGUCAUCUGCUCGUGUGCUGAUGGAUACACCCUGGGAGAGGAUGGGAAGUCCUGCCUGUCUAAUGAGCCCUUCAAAUGCGGCUUCCUAGUCAGCAAGCACAACACCCGCAGCAUUAAAGUUUCCCAGCCGCUGUCCAAUGCCACGCGACACCAAAACAUCUCUGCCGUGUUUGGCGCGAGCAACAUGACUGUGGAAUCAUCCGAAGAUGAUACUGAAGAUGGGGAACUUUUUACUGGCUCUCGUAUUGUCGAUGGCGAGGAGUGUCUCUCUGGAGAAUGCCCCUGGCAGGCCCUCCUGGUAACCGAGGAUGACCUGGGCUUCUGUGGUGGAACUAUUCUCAAUCAAAAAUUCAUCUUGACGGCAGCUCACUGCAUGAGGGAGGCACAGUCAUUCCAUGUUGUCCUGGGCGAGACUAACAGAGAUGUGGAUGAGCAUCGCGAAGCCCGCCACGAGGUAGACCUGGUGCUAGUGCACAGCCAGUACAUGCCUGACACGUACCACAACGACAUCGCGCUCGUCAAGGUGAAGGAGCCCAUCCGCUUCUCGCCGUACAUCCUGCCGGCCUGCCUGCCAGAGAGCGACUUCGCCGAGCGUGUGCUGAUGCGGCAGCACGACGGCAUGGUCAGCGGGUUCGGCCGUAUCCGCGAGGGCGGCCCCCAGUCACCUCUGCUGCUCAAGCUCAGCGUGCCCUACGUGGACCGCAAGACCUGCAUCGACUCCAGCAGCCUGAAGAUCUCCAACACCAUGUUCUGCGCCGGCUACAGCGACGAGGCCAAGGACGCGUGUCAGGGUGACAGUGGUGGGCCCCACGUCACCCGCUACAAAAACACGUGGUUUCUGACAGGCGUGGUCAGCUGGGGAGAAGGCUGUGCGCGGCGAGGGAAGUACGGCAUCUACACACAAGUGUCCAAGUACAUCAAGUGGAUCCGAGCAGUCCAGCGGAAGUACAUUCAGCUCUGAGGGAUACGCUGUGAAGGAGGCUAUUGCAACAAACAAAUUGUUGUGGAGUAAACUAUGUAUACGGCAGUAAAUAAAACAGAUUUGUGAAUGA